GUGUAGAUGAGUUCUCCUUCUCACAUUGCGCCAUCACCGAUCAUUCGAUUCGGAGCCCAACCCAUUGCCCAUUGCCCAUUUCCCAACAGCGACACCCAGAUGAUUGGAAAUCCCCAAUUUUGCACUCCAAUUUCCCUUUCUUCUUUUCUGUUGAAAGGUCCACGCAAAUUUCUCUACCCACCUUCACCUUCCCCUUCUCUUUCUCUCCCACCUUCAAAAUUAUAUACCUCUCCCCUCUCCCCCUCUAUGGAUGCACCCAUUUCUCCCCCUAUUUUUCAACGCCCCUCUCCCUCUCCCUCUCCCUCUCCUUCUCUUUUCCGUUUCUUCUCAAUCUCAUUCUCAAUAACGCUCCCACUCUUCCUCCUCUCCUCUUUCUACCUUUCACGUUCCCUUUCUUCCUGCUCGCUACUCAAUUCCCACCCCCUUUUUCCCUACGCCUUUAUACCCAUCUAAUUCCCAAUUCCCAAUCUUUUCAUAUGCAUCAAUCUUCAAUCUGAUUUCCCUUUUGUCCUCAGGCCAUCAAAACAAAAUAAUAUCGGAGGUAAGAUUCUAGUCGUACUUGGUGACUGAGGUUGCAGGCCAAGAAUUGCUCUUUAUAUAUCGUAGGUCCUUGACCUUUAGUUGAAGAGAUUGGCAAAUGCUAAAUUUUGGCAGAGGUAGAACUCAACAAAGGUCCACCAGAUCUCUAACUUUCGGAGGUAUGGAUUAUUCAGAUCCCAAAAAGAAAAACAAUUUUGUAGGGAAAAUUCUUUUGGCUGCCACUCUUACAGCUUUAUGCAUCAUCAUGCUCAAGCAAUCACCGGCUUUCAGUACCCCAAGCCAGUUUGCGCUGCGUGAGCCGGGGGUAACUCAUGUACUAGUAACAGGAGGUGCUGGGUACAUUGGUUCACAUGCUACACUAAGACUCCUGAAGGACAAUCAUCGUGUAACCAUAGUGGAUAAUUUAUCACGAGGAAAUCUAGGUGCCGUGAAGGUUCUGCAAGAAUUAUUUCCACAACCUGGGAGGCUUCAAUUUAUUUAUGCCGACUUAGGAGACGCUAAAUCGGUUAACAAAAUAUUUUCAGAGAAUGCUUUUGAUGCUGUCAUGCAUUUUGCAGCGGUUGCUUAUGUUGGUGAGAGUACUGUUGAUCCACUUAAGUAUUACCACAAUAUUACAUCAAAUACCUUGACAGUUAUAGAGGCAAUGGCCGCUCAUGGUGUGAAGAAAUUGAUAUAUUCUAGUACAUGUGCCACGUAUGGCGAACCGGAUAAAAUGCCUAUCACUGAAGAAACUCCACAAAACCCUAUCAAUCCUUAUGGGAAAGCCAAGAAGAUGGCAGAAGAUAUCAUAAAAGAUUUUUCCAAGAACUCAAACAUGGCAGUAAUGAUCUUGCGAUACUUCAAUGUGAUUGGAUCCGACCCAGCGGGCAGGUUGGGUGAAGCUCCUAGACCUGAACUUCGAGAGCAGGGACGAAUCUCAGGAGCUUGCUUCGAUGCAGCUCGAGGCAUUAUUCCUGGACUUAAGGUUAGAGGAACAGACUACAAGACACACGACGGGACCUGCGUCCGGGAUUACAUUGAUGUAACUGAUCUGGUUGACGCUCAUGUAAAAGCUCUUGCAAAGGCAGAGGCUGGUAAAGUUGGAAUAUAUAAUGUUGGCACUGGAAAAGGUAGAUCAGUUAAGGAGUUUGUAGAAGCAUGCAAGAAGGCAACGGGGACUAAUAUCAAAGUUGACUAUCUCGACCGUCGACCGGGUGAUUAUGCAGAAGUCUUUAGUGACCCUACAAAGAUAAAAAAUGAACUUAACUGGACAGCUCAGUACACAGAUCUGGAAAAAAGCUUAAAGGUGGCUUGGAGAUGGCAAAAGUCACAUCUUAAUGGCUAUGGAAGCUCUUAAAUGGGCUCCUCCAUGAAAGAGAGAGAGCAUUUAAUUGUCCAUGAAAGAACUUCGGGAGAGGCAGUGAGGUAUGAACGUCAUCUGUUCUCCUGUUGCUACACUUCAGCAGUUGAAUGGAAGCAGAGUGGUGGGGAUGGGAUAUUCUUUGUAUCCAAAUUUUACCUUUACAUGAAGUAACAUUCUAUGUCCUUACAUUAUUAUGGAGUAGUUAUAGGAAACAGCUCUCUUGUCACAUGAAUUUGAAACGAUAUAGUUGAAAAUAAUGGAUGCCUGUGCACAGAUUGGCCUUCUUUCUCA